UUCUUCCUCCUUAAUUUCAACAUUAAUUCCCUCUUAAAACACAUCUAAUUCCUGCCCCGCUUUCAACAUCUUUCUCAAAAUUUGUACGUAGCUAGCGAUGGGGGACAAGGCAACAUUGGCAAAGGCAAGAAUGGAGCUUGAAGACAUGUAUCAAGGGAUACCAGAUGAGUCAGUCAACCUCACUUUCCAAGACUUUGCAGAGCUCCAACUAAACCGAAUCGCAUCAUCCGAAAAGAAAAAACCAAACCCAAUAUUAUUGGAUCCCAUUUCUAAGCUCAAAUAUACCACACAACCCUCCUCCCCCUCUCCUUUGACCAAACUCCCAAGCCUUGACUUCAACAGAGCCCUGCAGGCAUCCAACAUUAACCACAGCCACCACCAUGUUGACCAUGCAGGUCCAUAUGGAGGUCAUGUCAAUCAUCAUCUUGAUCAUCACCAGAUGAACAGCCAUCAUGACCUCGGACAUGAUCAUGGCAUGCACCAUGGCCAUGCAUCUCGAGGGAGUCAUGGCCAUAACCAUGAUCAAGGUCAUGGUCAUGAUGGCCAUGUCAUAAAUAAUCAUCAUAUGAAUAGUCCAACUGGCCCGACAUGUCAUGCCGGCGGCGGAUUGAGGCAUGGGUUGGAGACUAGCAUGGGGGCUUAUGAUCAUGAUGUGAGUGGUAUAAGCAUGGCUUCCGGCGUGUAUAACCGGCAGCAAGACAGAGGAGGACGGAGGAGGCCUGGAAUUCCCCACUCGAAUAUCUGCACUCUUUGCAGCACCUACAUCUAUAUUUUCCGCCACCGUUGCUUGGUUUGUGGAAGAGUGUAUUGUAGACAAUGUGUGAUGUUAGGGAUGGGAGAAAUGACAGAAGGUAGAAAAUGCGUUGAAUGUUUAGGGAGGCGAUUCAGUCAAAGGUACAUACAAAGAGCAGGAAAGGUUGGAUGUUUUUCAAGGUAUCCCCUCAUUGUGAAGCAAGCUGAGCUGAAAUGGGCUGAGAAAGGGCCAAGAAGGAGCGGCGGCAACAACGGGGCCUAUGGCGGGAGCACGAUGAUGUCACCGAGAUCACGAAGUCCCAUGGCCCCGGUGACUCCACGGACCCCAAACACAGCGCAUAAUACAAGCAGUAGCCCAAAUUCUUUUGUCAUGAAUAGUUCAUCCUAUUCUCCUUAUUCACCAACUCACCGUCACCACCUCCCUUUUUAGAGUCUCUCUCUCUCUUUGGGUUUCUUAUGUUACUCAACUUAUUUCCCAAACAAUUUUUCCGAUGUUUUAUCUUGGAUUUUGCUUAAUUAAUUUAUUGUGGAUCUUAGUUUUGUAUAACAACUUAUAGAAAUGAUAUAUAUUUCAUGGAUGAUGAUGGUAUU